UUGACUUCACAUGGAAUGCUCCGCGUGCUGCGUGAGUGUGACCUAGAUAGUGUCUUCUCGCGUGCUGUUAUAAAUCAGCUUAUCUGACUUGUAUGCUAGGUUAUUAACCUAAAACUUUUAAUGCAAGCUUCAAACGGAGUUAUCGAUCACUGUUUGUAGCCAGUUGCUAGCUUGCUAACGUUUAUUAAUCUCAUGAGCAGGCCGGAAAGCUGCAGGGGCUCGCGGAUUACAUCCAUCGGCGCUGAAGCGUUUCAGCAAGGUGGCACGAGCUACCUUUAAAAUUAAGCUAAAUUAAGUGGAAAUCCGGUGUCGUUGAGCUAGUGCUCGUGUGUUUUCGUUUCGUUUCGUUUCGCAGUUGCAGUGAACGCUCGUCCUGCUCGUUGUUAGGAGUCAUGAGUUCAUUAGCGCGCUCCCAGUCCGAGGUGUUUGGAGAAAUCCGGAAGGAGCUCUAUGAUGACCAUGAAUUUCGACAGGUUACUCAUGUCUUCGUUAUCAUGGGCGCCUCGGGAGAUCUUGCGAAGAAGAAGAUUUACCCAACCCUUUGGUGGCUCUUUAAGGAUGGGCUCCUGCCAGAGGAGACGUACUUUGUUGGGUUUGCGCGUUCCCGGCUGACCCUGGAUGACAUCCGCGCUGCCUCUUUACCGUACAUGAAGGUUAAAGACGUGGAUAAUGAGCGCGUCUCAGCAUUUUUCCAAAGGAACUCGUACCUGUCCGGACGCUAUACAGAGGGAGAGUCGUUCUCACAACUGCAGUCCCACCUGAACUCUUUGUGCCAUGGUACAGAUGCCAACUACAUCUUCUACCUGGCACUGCCACCCACCGUCUACCACAGCGUCACCGCCAACAUUCGCCAGCACUGCAUGAGCAACAAGGGUUGGAGCAGGCUGAUUGUGGAGAAACCGUUCGGCCGGGAUCUGCAGAGCUCAGAGGAAUUGUCAGCACACCUGUCAUCCCUCUUCACUGAAGAUCAGAUCUACCGCAUAGACCACUAUCUGGGCAAGGAGAUGGUGCAGAACCUCAUGGUACUCAGGUUUGGGAACCGAAUUUUCGGCCCUAUCUGGAAUAGGGACAGUGUGGCCUGCGUCGUUCUCACUUUUAAAGAACCCUUUGGAACUUAUGGGAGAGGAGGAUACUUUGAUGACUUUGGUAUUAUCCGCGAUGUCAUGCAAAAUCAUCUUCUCCAGAUGCUCACCUUGGUUGCCAUGGAGAAGCCUGCCUCCACCAACUCGGAUGAUGUGAGAGAUGAGAAGGUGAAGGUAUUGAAGUGCAUAGCACCAGUGACUCUAGGUGAUGUUGUGCUGGGGCGGUAUGAGGGAAACCCUGCUGGGGAAGGGGAGGCUAAACUGGGUUACUUGAACGACCCCACCGUUCCCCAAGGCUCCCACACGGCCACUUUCGCCACUGUGGUGCUCUACGUGCAUAACGAGCGCUGGGAAGGGGUUCCCUUCAUCCUGCGCUGUGGAAAGGCCUUGAACGAGCGCAAGGCUGAGGUGAGGCUGCAGUUCACGGACGUGCCAGGUGACAUCUUUCAUUCGCAGUGCCAGAGGAACGAGCUGGUGGUGCGCGUGCAGCCUGAUGAGGCUAUUUAUGCCAAAAUGAUGAGCAAAAAGCCUGGGGUGUACUUCAACCCUGAGGAGACGGAGCUGGACCUGACCUACCGUAGCAGAUACAAGGACGUGAAGCUUCCCGAUGCCUACGAGCGUCUAAUUCUGGACGUGUUCAGCGGAAGUCAGAUGCACUUUGUGCGCAGUGAUGAGCUCAGGGAAGCCUGGAGAAUCUUCACCCCUCUCCUCCACCAGAUAGAAGCAGAAAGGACACAACCAAUCCCUUAUGUGUAUGGAAGCCGUGGACCGAAAGAGGCAGACGAGCUGAUGCAGAGGGCAGGAUUCCACUACGGAGGGACGUACAAGUGGGUCAACCCUCAUCCGGUGUAACACUCCAAUCACUGAUUGUUGCUUGUCAAGAUUUAAUUCACCAAACUUAAAAUCAAACCCAAAUUCACCAGAUGAACCUCUUAAUCAAUGAAAGAGCUAAACUCACCAUGUACUCAAGCUUCCUGUUUUCUAAAAACGUACUCUUCUUCCCCUCUGUGAAUGUUUUGUACAACUGGGAACAUGUUUACAGCUACCUUUUUUUUUUCCUCUCCCAAAUCACUAUGAUUACACUCCUUACCUCUUCAUUGAGUGCUAAUGCUUCUCUUGACUGUGUUUUGAGAUUUGAAUGUGAUUUGCAAGCUCUUUUUCAAUCUCUGACCAAAUCGUAGCAAACUUUAAUUACAUUAUUCCGUGCAAUGAGCUUCACCUUCAUUUUUCUCCAGAGAGAGACAGGAACAGCAGAAUAUAAGCACGUUUCUAGAAAUGGUGUGUACUGGUGGUGUAAGAGUUAAAAGCAAGAAGUUCAGUAUUUUCUAUAACGUUAUAGACGAGCGGUGUUGCUGCUGUUUUUAUAGUAUAUACAGUAUGUUACAGUACUUUUUUUGUUUUCAGAGUCAAUACAGGCUGUUUCCUGAAAGCUAAGAAUGCUAAUUCGGGUUGUUAGACACGUGGAGCAUAGGCGUGUGUGGCUCAACAAACAGUCAGUCAGCGAGGUAGAACAGUGUGCAAUAUAUUUAGAAUUCACCAUUCUGUGUAAAUAAAUAAAAUAAAAGUAAUUUCCAACCUGCUUUAAAAUCACUUAAAUCUUCAGGCCAGGUCUAGACACAUUCCAAUCAGUCUUCACGUCUUCGGUAAGUUUGCGUGCUUAAAUUGAGAAGUGUGAAGUCACUGACCCUGCUGGUUGUGACUCUUGCUCUCAGGUACCUGGCCUAGACCGGAGGGAAUGUUGUCACAUGUCAGCUCGGAGGAUAAACCAGUGGCGUGGUAUAAACUGGAAUGUGUUAAGUGGAUAAACUCUGUGUUAACAACAAACUGGAAUUUGCUGCAGUCAUCUACUUGUAGGUGUUUUCCUAUACUUUGGAGUUCAGUCUUAUUAAAAUAAAAAAGCACCACUUCAUACCUAAAUGUUUGGUGUUUUAUGUUAACUGCAAGCGUUUCUUAAUAAAAAAAUAAACAAACAUGAAA